GUUUAGGGUUAAAUUCCGAGUUUUCAUGGGGAUCUUUACUUUCUUCUAUGUGUAAAAGGAUGGUACAUGCUCUUUUUAAUGCUUCGAUCCAAUCAUCAGGUGCAUCACCUGAUCACCCAGUGAAAAGAUUUGGUUCUCUAGCGACAUUGGUGAGGUGGUGACGACCAUGACGCUGUGGAAUAAGGUAUGUCCGGCCUCACCCUCCCUCGAUGACGCCCGAUCCGGCGCCAACGAAGGGCCAAUGAAAAUUGGUUCUGCUGGAUCUGAGGUUCUCUCCAAAUCUUGCAAUUGGUGUGUCAAUCAAGAGAUGCAGUUGGCUAUCUUUUGUUGUGGCAACUUCGAUCUCUUCUUUCGAUUUAUUCUUGGACAAGAUCCGGUUUCUUCAACCCUCUGUUUUAGUGGUGACGAAUUGCAAGCCUGCGUUGCUUGGGUUACUAGAUCUUGUUGUAAGCGGUGAGUGGUUUUUUCGGUCUUCAAAGCCUUGUGUGGCGAUGGCGUUUACAGGUGUUCUUUUCCCUUGCUGCCUUUCCAGUGCAUUUUUCAAGCUUAGGUGGACGACGAACAUUCGUUCAGUGCAUUUUUAAGCUCCGGUGGAUGACGAACAUUCGAAUGAAGAUGACGACGAGAGAACUUUUCGAUGUAAUUUAUUUUCUUUAUAUCAUUUUAUAUCAAGUUGUCCUUCUUUUGUACCUCCAAUUAUUUUCCUUAAUAUGAAUCAGAUAUGAGACACCUUUCUUGUGUCUUUCUAGAGAAAAGCAAAUGAUGAUUAUGCCAUAUAGGCUAUAGCAGGUUCGUCCCUUUUCACUUCCUCCAGGGGCAUAAUUGCAUAAACGUAAAUACCAAAAGCUGCGGGGGGCGCGGCCGUAGAAAAAGGAGGGAAGGGAGCGCCGCCGCUCGACUCCAGCUAACUGCCUCGAUUUGGAACUGCCCCGUGCACGUGCGCCGCCGCGAUCCGCAUCUCCCGCCUCGCCACGGGGAUCCCGCCGCCGCUCCACCCGCUUCUGCCUCCAGCGAGAGAGAUGGCCAAGGCCAGGUCGUCGGCGAAGCAGUCGCGCGCGCAGGCGCAGGCGCAGGCGCAGCAGCAGAACGGCGGCGGUGGCGGCGCCCACGCGCUCUCCUCCAAGCUCGCCAGGUACCUCGACCCGGAGGCCUCCUGGGACAAGGACCAGCUGCUGGACGCGGUGCACUGGAUCCGCCAGGCGGUGGGGCUCUUCUGCGGCCUGCUCUGGGGAGCCGUCCCCCUCGUCGGCGCCGUCUGGAUCGCGCUAUUUAUGGCUAUUUCGACUGGCAUUAUUUAUUGGUACUACGCAUACGUGUUGAAGAUCGACGAGGAGGAAUAUGGAGGCCAUGGGGCGCUACUUCAGGAGGGACUUUUUGCUUCUUUCACCCUUUUCCUGCUUUCGUGGACCCUAGUAUACAGUUUGGCUCACUUUUGAGAAGCUCCUUUGCUGCACAUACCAUGCAAUCUUUGCUCACCGUGUCAGCAGAAGAGACACACCAGAAAAGUGUAGAUUAAGGAGCAUUUUAGAACAAGCAUUGUAUCAAAACGGGUCGGAGUUGUAAUGUUAUUUCCCAAACCCAGUGUAAUUUUGGUACUAUGGGUUUAGCUCAGUGCGAGGUAGAACACUGGCAAUGAAAUCUUCAAUCGGAGGGGAAAAUGUUGAUCACUGAGUUUGCAGUCAAACAGCAUUCUGUUGCUCAAGCCAUGAAUUCGAUGUACAACAUUUAACGCAUCAAUUGUUCUGAGUUUUUUUUUUAUA